AUGCGUGAUAUAUUUGACGAUUUUGAACACUUAACCCAUUCCCUUUCAGAACACCCCCCCGAAAUUGCUGAAAUGGUUUCCGAUCAUCUUGUCCCUGUGGGUGCCCACGGCACCUUUGGUUUAGGUUUGGGUGGGGUCUGGCUUCCUGCCACCACCAACAGCAACAGCAACCUCCCACCUGCUCUCUGGUUUCCCCAGGAUCUGAUCAACCAGCAUCUGGUCUCCUUCAAAAAUCCCACGGGCACCAUCACCAACUCUCAUUUGGAACUGGCUGGCCUCAUCACUCAUGAAGAUGUGUUGGCCCAGCAGUUUCUCCUUCGGGCCGCACCAUUGUUCCCCUUGGAGAUAACAGCAUUGUCCACUAAUGGGGGCCCCAUCCGGGACUCUUGA